AUGAACCAGCAAUGUAAAGUGUGCGGCGAGCCGGCAGCGGGUUUUCAUUUCGGUGCUUUCACAUGCGAAGGGUGCAAGUCGUUCUUCGGGCGCACGUACAAUAACCUGUCCUCGAUUUCUGAAUGCAAGAACAAUGGUGAAUGUGUCAUCAAUAAGAAAAACAGGACGGCUUGCAAGGCAUGCAGGCUACGGAAAUGUUUGCUAGUCGGCAUGUCCAAAUCGGGCUCGCGGUACGGGAGAAGAUCGAACUGGUUUAAAAUACAUUGCCUUUUACAAGAGCAGCAGCAGCAACAUAUGCAUCAAAUGCAGACAAGUAAAUCACCGCCCACGUUUAACACUUCCAUCAAUUCGCCUUUUUUGCCAACGAAUCUUUUGCCAGCUGCUGCUUUAGCGGAGUAUUACAAAAGCUCAGAAAAGAAUCCCUUUACUGAAGAAGUGACGCGACAAAGCGUAUCACCAUCAGAUUCUGGCGCAUCGUCAGCUGAUCCAGAAGAUGAUAACAGCUCAAGAAGCACAAGCGGUUUAAGUAUUUUUAGACCAGCCUCAUCUCCUAGCAGUGAGAAAGAUGUCCGAUUACACGCGAUUAGAAAUCAAAAUAAAGAUUUGAAAAGAAGAAAAACAUCAAUAUUGCCAUCGUCUCCAUUCGGACCUAUGACUGCUUCACCUAGUUACUCACCAAGAAGUGCACCAUUUUUAUCAUCACCGCUUCAGAAUAUUAGACCGAUACCAUCAGGGAUGGCUUGGCCAAGUCGUAAUGGAGGAGACUUGUUAUUACAUUCUCCCGCUGUCGCUGGAGUGGCUGUUGAACAAGAUCAACCUAUAGAUCUAUCCAUAAAAUCUACAGCUGUGUUAUUUAGAAGUCCUAAAAACGAAGAAGUCAGUGAUUCAGAACCUGAACUGAGUAUCGAUUUAAAUGACGAUAAUGGUAAAGAUAUUAUGAAAAAUCCACUCGACUUGAGCCUCGUCACAAAACGUGUGGAAGAGGUCCCAAUGACUGGAUAG